AUAAUGCUUUGUAUAAGUUAGGUAAAUCAAAUGUUUGGACGAAAGGUAAGGUUUACUGCUGGAAAAUUGCCAAGAGUGAACAUGCUUAGCAAACUUGUCUUGCCACAAGCACUGUCUCCAAUAAUAACAAGCUUCCUGAACUGCGAAUGGCGUUUGUACGCUCCAUAUGCUCUGUCUUUUCUCGGUUAUAGAGCCUUUAUUUGCUCAUAGAAGGUCAAUC